AUGGUAUUACAAAACUCGACAUUCGAGAACAAAGACAUAAUGGAUAGGAGACGGGACCUACUCAUCAAAACAAAGACGAUGUUAUCAACGCUAAAGAACAGCCGGUCGAACAGCUUCGACGUGUCGAUACUGCACGACUGCGGCGAGAGCAAGCAGGUGGCAAACGCCGUGGCCGUUAUAACGAACAACAGCUGCAGCAAGGACGCGGUACCGGGAGGCGCCGCGUCGAUAAUAUCGCCCUCGUCGUGGUUUGCCAAGCGCCACCAGCCGAUGGCCAAGAAGCGCAACGGGGACGCGGCCACCUCGACCCUGCCCACGGCCCUGAGCUUCAAGUUCGACAAGACACGGGUCGUCAAGGCGGUCAGGGACAGCCUCCUGGCCAAGGCCACUUCGCCGACGAAGGACGGGGCGCGCAACAAGGUCGUCUGGGACGGCAGCAGCGGAACCAAAGUCGACGCGCAGGUAUUGGGCAACGCGAUCGAGGAGUUUUUGCGCAGCGGAGCUACGGGGGGUGAGUCCCCGGAGGGUAGCCAAGACAAAGCCGCGAUAUCACCAAACAGGUCCCGCGUUGGUUCCUGGUUCAACAGCGGCACGACGCAGGCUGGCACUGCUGCUGCCCCCUCCGCGGUCACGACGACGCCGACUUCGAUCGGCCACUAAUGCCCCGCCCCCCUUUUUUUCACAACUUGGUUCAUUUAUUUUACAAACCUUGGUUUUUCCGGAAACGAAUGAAAUUCAGAGUGUUGCGAGGGAUGUAGGGGGGAAAAAAAAAAUAUGCCUACAUCGUGAAACAUCCGAGAAUUUAAAAUAAUAGAGAUAAAAUCAA